UACUAACACUCCUCUUUCUGACACCAUUUAGUUACUGAUGGGAGAUCAAGAUGUUAUUACGGAAGUCCCAGCAGCACUGAAACGGUUGGCCAAAUACAUGGUGCGUGGCUUCUAUGGGGUAGAGUACGCACUGGUCCUUGAUGUAUUGAUCCGAUACCCCUGUGUGAAGGAGGAUGACUUGUUGCUACUGCUCAAGUAUGAACGCAAACAGUUGCGCACUGUCCUCAACACACUCAAGGCAGAUAAAUUUGUCAAGCUGCGCAUGCGGGUUGAAACAGGGCCCAAUGGGAAGAGUACAAGGCAUAAUUACUACUAUAUCAACUACAAGGUGCUGGUGGAUGUGGUGAAGUACAAACUGGAUCAUGUGCGCCGGAAGAUAGAAGCAGAUGAGCGGGAUUCAACUACUAGGUCCUCCUUCAAGUGUCCGUCUUGCUUCAGCACUUACACAGACCUGGAAGUAAAUCAGCUGUUUGACAUAUUCACAGAGACUUUCCGCUGCACCUACUGCAAUGCUGAAGUUGAGGAGGAUGCCUCUGCGCUUCCCAAACGAGAUGCUCGAACCUUGCUAGCAAAAUUUAACGAACAGAUCGAACCCAUCUUUGCACUGCUGCGCGAGACUGAAGAUGUUGCUCUACCACAUGAUUUGCUUGAGCCUCAGCCAACAGAAAUUCCAGAGCUAUCAGAAAGCUUUGAACAGAAGGUGUGUUCAAGCAUCCUGGACUCCAGUACCCAUCCUGAGAAAUGGGCCAACAAGAAUUCAUCUGUUGCUAAUAUGUAUGUUCAAAACUUGGUCAUUGAUGUCCAAGAUUCUGAACCAAAGAAGAAAGGGAAGGAAAAAGUGACUAAAGAACAUCCUAUAUGGAUGACACAAAGUACUGUACAAGGAGCAUCUUCAUAUGCAACUGACUCCAAUAUUGAAACGUCCAAAGAAACUGAUGACUCUGUUAAAGAAGCUGUUCCUGAUAAUGAAGUAAUAAGGACUCUUCUCAUCCAUGAAUCUAAGUCUUCCUCUGGCACAGCUCAUCCCCCUCCUCUUGCCAAAAACAAACUGCUUGAGUCAGAAAGUGACACCAGUGAAUCAGAGGAGGAGGCUAAACAUGCAAAACCUGCGGUAGUUAAAGCAGCAGGGAGUGACUUGGAACAAGAGGAGCAGGAAACACUGGAUCCUACAGUAAUGGUUGCUGGACAGGCCCACUUGUACAGUGAAGUUAGUGACAAUCCAGAGCUAGUGUCACUUAUGACAGACGAAGAGAGAGAAAUUUACAUCAAGGUGGGACAAGAAAUGUUCCAGUCUGUCUUUGAGUAAAUGCAUGAAUUAAAAAGCAGUUAUACUGCACAUGUAAGUUUUUUAGAUGUGCUGUGUGAAGUUCCUGUUGUAGCUUAACCUACAGUUGUUGCUGGGUGAAACGCAUAUAAAGUUGAGGAUAUUUUUGUGAAGUUGGUGGUAUAGUCUAAAUUCUCUCCUUGGAGAGCUCGCUAUUUAAUUUUUACUUCUGUUGCUUCUCCAAAGCAACAAAGUGAAGAUGUUGCAGAUAACCUUGGUUGUUUCCAUAUAGUUCCUGUUUGUGAAACAGUCCUAAAUUUUGUUUAAUAUGCUAAGUAUUGUAACAAAAAGACAAAAUGUAAUGCUUUAAUUACUUUAGAAGCAGGAAUCAUCUUGUCUGAUCAAUAAAUAAAUCACACCAGGACACAAUUGUCUGAGUGCUAAAAUAAAUGCCUAAAACCAAGUGACCGAACCUAAAAGGAUUUAAUGGGUCAUGUAAUCCAUAUCC